AUGAAUUUACCUUUAAUAUUAUUUUUAAUAGGGAUAUUAGGUUUUAUAUUAAAUAGAAAGAAUAUUAUAUUAAUGAUAAUAGCGAUAGAAAUAAUGUUAUUAUCAGUUACUUUAUUAGUAUUAAUUAUGUCUUAUGGAUUUGAUGACAGUAUAGGUCAAACUUUUAGUAUAUUUAUAAUAACAAUAGCUGGAGCAGAAUCAGUUAUAGGUUUAAGUAUAUUAGUAGCAUAUUAUAGAUUAAGAGGUACAAUAUCAUUAAGAAGUUAA